ACAUUGACACGACAUAUAUCUACGGCUUCGUUUCUCCAGACCUCCACAUUCUCCUCUGCGCGACCGCCCCAUCUCGUCGUCGCCCCAUAACACACCUACACAGUCCACAAUGGCUGGUGGAAAAGGCAAAUCCUCUGGCGGAAAGAGCUCGGGUGGAAAGACAGCUGUUGAUGGCCCCAAGAAGCAGCAAAGCCAUUCUGCUCGUGCCGGUCUUCAGUUUCCAUGUGGUCGUGUCAAGCGUUUCCUGAAGCAAAACACCCAGAACAAAAUGCGGGUAGGCGCGAAGGCAGCCGUCUACGUUACUGCUGUGUUAGAAUAUCUGACUGCUGAAGUCCUAGAACUUGCAGGCAAUGCUGCCAAGGACCUCAAGGUCAAACGUAUCACCCCCCGCCAUCUCCAACUGGCCAUCCGCGGUGAUGAAGAGCUCGACACCCUGAUCCGUGCCACUAUUGCCUUUGGUGGUGUUCUACCACAUAUCAACCGCGCUUUGCUUCUGAAGGUUGAGCAGAAGAAGAAGAGCAAGGCCAUCGAAGCCUAGUUGCUGGUCUGUUGUUCACGUAAUCGGUUUAAAUUAAUGUAUACCCUGCUGGUAUUAUUAGGGGUAUGGGCUGAUGCUGAGGAAGCCCUUAUUUUCGUUGCGGGUGCGACUGUGAGGCAGCAACGGAGGGAAGGAUGGUCAUAGGAGUGGAGUUUGUAACGCUUGUGGGUUUUUAUUUCAUUGCGUUUCAUUUGACCUCCCCAACAAUAUAUGAGCUGGCCAUGAGUCGGGUGAAGCUCUCUGUGCGUCGAGAAUGUGUCCCGGCAAUAUCAGAAUGGCUGGAAACUCUGGUAUGCACACACAUAUUCAGACAUAG